AUGCAGUCGGACAAGAGUGACAAGUCCCAAUCUCAGUCCCAGCGGCUUCCUGUCAAUCCUCGACGACACAAGGUAGCACCUGAGGAUCGCAAACGUGUGGCCACGGCAUGCAACAAUUGCAAUGGUCGACGCAUAAAAUGUUCAGGAGACCGGCCAUGUCGACAAUGCACGACUAACUCCCGCGAAUGCGUGUAUCCUUCUUCAUCGCCCAAGGUCGCUGUGGCCCGUGAUGAGCUCCAGGAUCUACGCCGUCGUGUGAACGCCUUCGAGAAGCUGUUGCAGGAUGUCAUUCCCGACCCAGAGAAACGCCAGGAGUUAUUGGCCAGUCACAACAUCUCCAUGCCGCUUGUCGCAUCUCCUUUAUCACAGCAACCCAAGGCAUCGACGUUGAGUCUGGAAAGGGGAGAGGCCUCACCGACAGCGGAGGCAGACCUGUCAACGUCGCUCGCCACCGAGAGCCACCUUCUUGGACAUGUCUCUGGUCCCGCCCGAUUCCAGGGAGAGUCAAGUGACGGGGCACUCGUGGACCAUCUCAGGGCCUUUCUUCGAAGCUGCCUCCCUGCCGAUGUCGCCAGCACGCUGCCAUCCACCAUGGGCUACCUCCAGGGCUCCGACAUCAGGCCUUUGCCCCGACCAGAUGGAGAUCCACUUUGGCUUCCGGCCCCGGAGACAAUGCGAUACAUGCUCUCCAUAGUGAGCACCUUCAUCCAGGACGGGCCGGCCGAACGGGCCUUGAAAAGUGGCGGUAUCUACUGGUGGGGUGUUCUUCACGCCCUGCCUUCUCUGCCCUCCUCUAAGGGUGAUCUCGAGGCCGACAUUCGCAGCACGCGCCGCCUGGCCUUUUACCAGGUUGUUCUGGCUGUCGCCUGUCGCAUCACCGCAUCUGGUCUGACACCAGACCGUAGCGAGCCCUUCUUCGCCCGCGCCGUCCCCCUUCUGGGCAAUCCUCUAGAUGCCUCGCACUCAUCCAUCGGUGCCGUCUCGGUCCUCAACCUCAUGGCGUAUUACCUGCUGCAGUCAGAUAGACCGGAAGCGUCGUCGCUAUAUGUCAGUAUAUCAGCACGCACCGCCCUUAGUCUGGGCGCGCACAGGGGUCAUGUUGAUGAGCGAGGGAAACGGAUAUUUUGGACCUUGUAUAUCCUCGACCGCGAGUUGAGCUGUCUCCUUGGACGGCCCCCCAUAAUCCCCGAGGAGUCUAUUGUGCUCUCGCUGCCUAUGGAUGUUGACUCUAUGCCGUCGUCUGCUGGCCUGCGCGCUCACGUGGAACUCUCGCGCAUUUCAGACCACAUCACGUCAAACCUGUACGGUGUUGUCCCCGUACGCAACAUGACAGAGGGCUCCUCAUUUUCUCGGGAAGAGUCUGUGUCGCUUCUUGAACAGUGGCAGUCCACCCUUCCGGCAUCGCUUCAACUCUCGGCCGAAGGCGUCAGCGGAGACCCAGCCACUUGUAACCUCCACAUGCUUGUCAACCACCUGACAGUUCUCUGUUAUCGCCCUUGGCUCUUAGCAUCUGCCAAGGUUUCAAUCGCAUCGGAUGGGCCAUCAGGACUGCUUUCUUCCUCCCAGAAAAGCUCUUGCAUUUCUGCCGCGCUUCACAACAUGCGCCUGGCCCGCCACGCGGCCACACUCCUUGAACCGCGACGUCUGCUUCGAUCGGCUCUGCGCUUCGUUUUCGGUAGCGCGUUGUGCUUCAUCCUUUGUAAGCUCAUCAGGGACGAUGAUGAUUAUGAUGGCAAUCAAACCGCAUACGAGAUUGAGUUUGCCAUGGGACUGUUUGACCGCGAGGCCCAGGCUGGCAACACAUACGGGAGUUCAUGUGCCACGGCGCUCAGGGAGCUGCAGGCUCUGGUCGUCAAUAUUCAAGGAGGCGAUGAUACGAUGGAUACCGAACAGUCUAUAGAGAGCUACAUAGAUCUGGAAUCGUCGUGGCAUGGAUUUUCCCUUGCCGAUGAGGGUUUGAUGGGGUUAGAUGGCGAGACCGCACUGCGAAACGAGGUGCUGUCGUGGAUGGAGUCGGGUUUUGAGCUGUGA